AUGAGAUCGAUGCUAUACAGAGACUCUCGACCGAAGAUUAACAGUUACGCUGAUUUGGACAUCAAAGAUUGGAGUAACUGGGGUGAUGACGCUCCCAAAUAUAUUAUUCGACGAGAGAGCGAGAGAGCAAACGUCUCGCCACUAGAGGACCUGAAGACGAUAUUUCAUGAACGUAUGAAUGGAAUCAUUCUACCAACGCUGGUUACAGAUGAAUGGCGCGAAAUAUUUCUUGGGGUCGUUGAAAGCGUGUGGCCGCUGAGCAAGAUGAGGACGAUGAGGAUUUCCAUAUUCCAAGAUGUGAUCAGCUGGGUCACUUCCUCAAAUACGCCAAUGGUGCAUAAUAUCCCGACUUCCGUAGCUCGG